GUUUUAACCAAGUACGAGCAAGAGAAAAGAAAACACAAAAACCCCUCGUUCGCUUUUGCCCAACCAGAGGAGAGUCACAGUCUCACUUGCCUUGAACAAAAAGAAAAGCUCGAUAAAAAACCCAGAGGUUUUCAGCAAGUUAAGGGCAGUCUCUGUUUAUUUGUGCCAAGAGAGAAGAAACGACGCCGUAAAGAUGUUCAGAAACCAGUACGACACAGAUGUGACGACAUGGAGCCCAGCCGGGCGGCUUUUCCAGGUGGAGUACGCGAUGGAGGCCGUGAAGCAAGGCUCGGCGGCCAUUGGGCUCCGAUCCAAGUCCCACGUGGUGCUUGCCUGCGUCAACAAGGCCAACUCCGAGCUUUCUUCUCAUCAGAAGAAGAUUUUCAAGGUCGACGACCACAUCGGCGUCGCCAUUGCCGGCCUCACCGCCGACGGUCGUGUUCUCUCUCGAUAUAUGCGAUCGGAGUGCAUCAACUACAACUACACUUAUGAAUCUCCGCUCCCUGUCGGACGACUGGUCGUUCAGCUUGCCGAUAAGGCUCAGGUCUGUACUCAACGCUCAUGGAAACGGCCAUACGGUGUUGGACUACUAGUAGGUGGUUUGGAUGAGUCUGGAGCACACCUAUAUUAUAACUGCCCGAGUGGAAACUACUUUGAAUACCAGGCUUUUGCAAUAGGAUCUCGCUCACAAGCUGCUAAGACAUACUUGGAACGCAGGUUUGAGAACUUCACGAACUCUUCACGGGAGGAUCUGAUCAAGGAUGCCCUCAUUGCGACGAGGGAAACCUUGCAGGGAGAAAAACUGAGAAGUUCCAUAUGCACAAUUGCUGUGGUAGGAGUCGAGGAGCCUUUCCAUAUAUUGGAUCAGGACACUGUUCAGAAGUUGAUUGAUGCAUUUGAGAUCGUGGGGCAGGACGAGCCUCCUGCUGCUGAGCCUGGAGCAGCUGCAGAAGAGGGAGCUGGUGCUGGUGAUGGUGAUGGUGCCGGCCAGGGUGCUGUUGCUGAACCAGAUGUAGCUCCAAUGGAUAUUUGAGGAUGCUAGAAUCAGUUGUCUUUCCACCUUUUCAUUGAGGUUUUCUAGCAUGUGUUUCUUAAGAGUAUGGAUGGUAUUGUAUAAGAUAACAAUUUAUUGUUGAACCUUUGCCCUUUCUUUUUCUUUUCUCUUACAACUUUACAAGGUUAUGCAAGUUACCUGCCUCAUUAGCAAGAACAUUUUGACGGUGGCCUCUGGUUAGAUGAACUUUACAUUCAAUAGCUACCGUUGAGAUAUAUUGAACUUAUUGAUUAUGCCCAA